AUGGAUUCCGCAAGUGCUGCCGGGGACGAACUGAACGCGCCUUCCAAACCGGCGCCACCACAAGAUUUAACCUCCGAAGCGACGCUGUUGGAGCAAAUCUCGGACAUCGAGCGUCGCAUCAAGCAGAUAGAGACGGGCCUGGACAAACCGGCCCCCAUUCCCGCUGGCAUCCGGGCCAAGGUGCACGCGUUGCGUAAAUGGCAGAUGCAGAUUAUCCACAAGGAGGCCGACUUCCACAAGAAGGCGCACGCGAUGGAGGUCGCGUUCCAGGACGAGUUCAACCAGUGUCACGGUGCAAUUUCGCGCCUUGUGAAUGGGCUCGAGGUGCCCGAACCGGACGGCGGUGCCGGUGCCGAUGCCGCCGACCAACCGUCGGGCAUCCCGGAGUUCUGGCUGGCGGUGCUGAAGGCGAGCCUGUUGGAGGGUUUCAUCCGAGAAGCGGACGAACCGGCACUGAAGUCGCUCACGGACAUCCGGUGCGUGUUGAAAAACGAGCCCGAACCGAGCUUCUUGCUCGAGUUCCAAUUCGCUAGCGACAAUGCCUACUUUACCAACGAGGUGCUAACGAAGGAGUACAUCCUGCGGUGCGCACCGGACGAGAGCGAUCCGGCGAGUUUCGAAGGGUUCGUAAUACACCGCAGCGUUGGGUGCGAGAUCGAUUGGAAGUCGGGACACAAUCUCGUCGAGAAGGCAGCCUCGGAGCCGCCGGAGGACGAUGCGGGUGGAUCGUUUUUUGAGUUUUUCCAACCGGAAAAGCAGAUGCGCGAGAUCGACGAUCCGGAUCUGCAGUACGCGCUGGCGCAUAAUGACUUCCAGCAGGGGUACUACAUCAAGGAGAAGAUCAUUCCGCGGGCAGUUUUCCUCUUCCUGGGUGAAUACGUGAGCUUUCACGAUUGCGAUAACUGUUGCCUCUGGGCUCAGAACGACUGUGAACCUAUGGAGCUGGAUGACGAAGACACUAAACAGGAGGCAACAGAACCGGAUGCAGUAGAAGAAUCGAAAACCAAUGCAGACGAAUGA